AACGUACGAAAACAGAGGAGAGGAGAGUGUGUUAUAAGUAAGAGAAGAAAGAAAGCGGGAAUUCUCAGCUCUCUUGUCUGUCUACUUAUUUGCGUUUUCUAGGGUUUCUCAUUCACGCUUUUCGUCCUUUCCAUUUUCCUCCUCCUUCUCAUUCCAAAUUACAGAUUUCAUAUUCUGGUCUCCAUAUCUCUCUUUUUUCUUUUUCAGAAGCUCUGUCGGUGUUACUUCGCAUUUCGAUUUUCUCUGAUUAGAAAUGGCUCCACCUCUUGACACUCCAGCGGCUACCAACGAAGCUCCAAAGAAGGCUACUGCAUCAGUAACUGCACCUCUUAUUGAAACACCGGUGGCUACCACUGCAGCUUCAAAGAAGGCUGCCCCAGCAGUACGUGCACCUCUUAAUGAAAGGAUACUUUCAUCCAUGUCCAGGAGAUCAGUUGCAGCACACCCUUGGCAUGAUCUUGAAAUAGGACCAGAAGCUCCGGUCAUAUUCAACUGUGUGGUCGAAAUUGGGAAAGGGAGUAAGGUGAAAUACGAACUGGACAAAAAGACCGGAUUGAUUAAGGUAGACCGUGUGUUGUACUCAUCAGUGGUGUAUCCCCACAACUAUGGCUUCAUCCCACGUACUCUGUGCGAGGAUAAUGACCCUAUGGAUGUCUUGGUUCUCAUGCAGGAACCAAUUCAUCCUGGAUGUUUUCUUCGAGCUAAAGCCAUUGGUCUCAUGCCUAUGAUCGAUCAGGGAGAGAAAGAUGACAAAAUUAUUGCUGUGUGUGCUGAUGAUCCUGAAUACCGACAUAUAUGUGAUAUUAGUGAACUCGCACCUCAUCGUCUGGCUGAGAUUCGUCGCUUUUUUGAAGAUUACAAGAAAAAUGAGAACAAGGAAGUUGCUGUUAACGAUUUUCUGCCAGCCUCUGCUGCCUAUGAAGCUAUCCAACACUCCAUGAACCUUUACGCUUCAUACAUCGUUGAGAACUUGAGGAGAUAAGUGUUAUGGUCUGACGUGGGGGUGGCGAACUUAUCUCAAUAUAUAUCUUCUCAUGAACAUGUAGUUAUUCUAGAUUACAUGUUCAUGAUUUUUUUUCUUUUUUUUUUAAAGAUGCGUGUAUAUUUGUACAAUUUGGUUACUACGGAUUUAUGCGCUUCUACACCAAAUGAGAAAAAGUAAAAUAGCCUAGUCCUUAUGGCAUAUACUAUGACGCUGCCCCAUUUGUCACUUUUAGCUUUUUCUGUCACAUAUAAUACAAGUAUUACUUACUAUCUUACUAUCCUACAA